AUGUGUAAUUUCUUUGCGGACAAAAAGGGCGUAUCGGUAAAAGUCGAAUUCUGGAUACAUGGUAUAAACGAGAUUUCUGAAAUGACCAACGACUUUGAAAUGGAAAUGUACAUCAACGAGCUAUGGACAGAUCCGAAGCUAAAAUUUGACCACCUAAAUGCUUGUAAAGCUAAUCUCUCAUUGGAUCAUGCGUCGCUUGUUCGGUAA